UGGUGCUGCUCAGAAGUCCUUUGGUGUUUUUCAGUCUGCGAAAGAGAAUAACUCCAAAGCAAAGGCCGCUUCACAGAUUGUUAAAAAAUUCUAAAUACAUCUAAAUGAAGCAAACAUAUCAUCCUGCAGAUGAAGCAUUCAUGAAAACCAUGGAAGGCGCCAUAUUGUUGACCCUGUCAUGGAGAAAACCUCCAAACGACUAUUCUGUAAUAUGAUUGGCUCAUAUUUGUGUCAAUCAAACUGUCGCCCUCGCUUUGCAGGAGCUGAUUCGCUAAUAUCCAACUUCAGCGUAAACCAGGAAACCAAUAGACUAAAGGAUUGUUACCAAGUGAUCUCUGAUUGGCUAGCUGUCAACUCAAGCCCCGCCUCCCCCGUACAUGGAGGAAGAUGAGUAACCCGCAGCUAGGACUGCUAGAUCAUGGCAACAUUUAUGGAGCGACUAGCCUUUCUUCAGAAAGUGCCCACCCUGAUGAAGGCCACAGCAGAUGAUGAAAACCCCUGCCCUGGUUACCUUUUCCAAGAAAUUGGAAAAAUCUCCCACGAGUCUUCAGGCUGUGGCCAGUGUUUACUGGAAUACCUUCUGGAGAGGCUACAAGUGGAGUCUUGUCAUGUCAAACUUAAGGUGCUGAAGAUUUUUGUCCAUCUCUGUGGUCAUGGCUCAACACAUUUCCUUACAGAACUCAGAAGGAAUUCCACCUUCAUCCAGCAAGCAUCAGUUUAUAGUGGCCCUCCUGAUCCCAUCCAUGGCACAGCGCUAUACCAAAAAGUGAGGAAUACAGCACAGGAAGUGGCCCAGUUACUUUUCACAGAUGCAAUUUCAACUAAAAGUAGUGUGUCUCCACCCAGCGUAGCCCCUCCAGCCAUGGGUAUGGGAUCAGCAACAUCCCACAGGUCAGGAAUGCAGGGCUUUGGAUACUGUCCAGGGAAGCAGGGGACGAUGGGCAGUGAUUCGCUGCUAGAUAAGAUCCAGAAAGCUGCUGAAGUUGUGGCAAGUGCUGUUCUCCCUCCAAUGGAGCAGCAGGGAAUCCGUCUCCAUGACAACCAUUACCGGGCCGUGGUGGCGCCUUCUGCGCCCAUAGAGGUGGCCGUGCCAGCGUGUGCUUACAACCUGCCUGCUCGUAAACCAAAAGUGAACCAGCGGUGUCCGGGGCAGAUAGGAGGCGGCUGGGAAGAGACCGACAGCGGCAACAGCUCCUCUCACAACUCUUCUCAGGACAUCGCUGCCAACAGCAGGACCUCAGUGGGCAGCAAGUCAGCUGGUACUGGGAGCCAGUCAGGGGCCAGCAGAGAGAGUAGUGGAGACCUAUCAGAGCGAGUGGAAGCCUUGCAGUUGGGGGACUGUGGCCAGGAGAUGGCGCUCAUCAACAGACUGACCGAAGGUUCCAAAGUUUUCCUGUCCAGAGAAGAGAGCCAACACUUCAUCAAAGAGUGCUUCAUUCUCAACUGCGAGGUCGUGGUGGAGUUGCUCUCAAGCAAGCUUCAAGAUCCCUCAUACGCUGUUAAGAUGCGGGCGCUGUGUGCUGUUGCAUGCCUCAUGACCUCUGACCUCCUCUCUCUGGAACAAAUGUUUAGUGCUACUCAGCGUAGACUUUGCCAGCUGAGUGAGGGGCCUCCAGGACCUGUGGCAAACAAAGCCACCAAGAUCCUACGACAGUUUGAGGCUCUGAUGGGUGGACCUUCACAUGCUGCCAGGCAGGAUCUGGGGGACAGUAACCAUCAGACUACAUUUAAUCAGCUUACAUCUUCACUCAAUUUACACUCUGUCGAAACCAACCUCAAAGUUAAUCAGCCUGAAACCCCCCCUGGGGAUGCCACACACCCACCAACUCACCCAUCCUCCCCUUCUAGUCUGGACCUUCCUCAGAGCUGCUCCACAGUGGAGCUUCUGAAUGAUGGUAGCGAGGAGAACCUUUAUCCCAUUCAGCACGAGUUGGUGGAAAAUGAGGAACAGCCAGUCAGGACUGCUGACUUACACUUAUCUGAGGAAGAUCUACAGCUUACCAGAGACAAAAGCACCUCUCCCUCACCUGAGCCCCAGAACAAGCCACAGCAUCUGGGCAAACUGUCCCUAUUCAGUGGUAUGGAGCUGGUGACCAAGGGGAGGCCACUGUAUGAAAGAGAUACAUCCCAGAGAGAGUUGGACAAAAUAGACAACAGCUUAAGAGGUAAUCAAACUGUGCAUAACUCUGACUGUCCGGUGAAAUCCUCUACAACUUGCAUUAAAUCCACUGAGGACAGUUCAUCAGUCAGCGGUUCUGUUGACUCUGACAACAGUCAGUCUUUAUCAGCGUUCUCAUUUCUCAACUUUUGACCACCGACCAAGUUUUUAGAGCUGCAACUGUUACACUUAAAACCAAUGAUGUCAUCAUGUAUAUCCUUUUAGAAAUCUAUUUUAUUUUCUGAGAUUUGCCCUGUAACGUUGUAACUCUAUAUACAUAGAAAACAGAUUCCAGUUGUGCUUGGGUUUUCUUAUCAGUGUGCCUCCCCAGAAGCUGUGUUUGAGCAGCAGGCAGGGCCAAGAGACGGAGAUUUAUUACUGUAUGUCUUGUAAACUACAGAUGAUGGUGAUCUGAAGUCAGUAUGAGAAGCUUGUCAAAAAACUUUAGCUAUUUUGUGUGUUGGCUGAGGUUUCAUUUCUUUAAAAGUAUUUAACAAGUAAGGUUGUCUUGGAGUAGAUGUUACUACUCUGCCUUACAAAGUCAAGAGGACAUUUCUAACACAAACAAAGAAGAAAAGUGUUUUAAGGUUAAGCCACCAAGCUAACAUGAUGUGUCUUGUUUUAUGGUGUGUCUCACACUACUUGGGACUCGUGUCACUGGCUUUUUAGUCAAUUCAACAUGUUGAAUCAGGAGCCAUAGUUCCUUGAUGUCAGUUUGCUAUGUCCAUUCCUUUGAUUUCCAAGUCAAAGGCGCAAGGUAAACACAAUUUCACAAGACUAAAUUGAAAUAUAUGAUUUAAAGGACCCAUGUGUUGGAUUUAGUGACAUCUAGUGGUGAGGUUGCAGAUUGUAUCCAACUGAAUAGCAGGUCGGAGAACCUACUUUAACCGUUGGGUAUUGCACCACCAAAUUGUUCAUGAUAGUUCUAUGAAAAGCCGCUUUCCCAGAUUUGCCCUGGAAUAAAUAAAGUAUCUAUCCAUAUAUCUAUCAUGUCAGACUCGGUGGAAGAGGCUCCUAUGCACUGUGAAGGGCUCAUUCUAAGUAAACAAAGACACACUGAUUAGUAGCUGCAGGUGGUCUUACACUAAAGGAAACAUUAUCAUGGAUACUGUAUUACAUUUCCGCACUGCUCCUUGAAAGGAAGUUUAAUCUAAUAAAAUCACAUGACUGCAUUUUCUUCACUUUGCUAAGCUAGGCUAGUUAGCUUUUAGCUGCAUUGGUUUAUGUAGUAUUUUUUGUUCUGUUGUUUUAUUUGCAAACCCAUGUACUAUUGGAGCAUAGAAAUAGAAAAAAAUGUGGGUGACUUGGCUUUUCUUAAUGCUACAUCAGCAGCUAUUGGCUAACUAGCCAGUGUGCAGCCACUGAUGUUUUGUUUUUACAUAUGUUUCAUAUUACACACUAAUAAGUCCUAAUGUUGACGUGUCAGAAAGUCAGAUUGUCUUCUGAUCUCCAUUUUGACCAAACGUGAAGUUCCUGUGUUUUGACUUUGUAUGGCAGUGCAGACGGUUGCUUUAUCUCAGGAUUUCUUUUAAGUAACAACCUGCACCUCCGCAGCACAGCGUGAACCUCUUGAGGGAGAAUUCCUCAACUUGUGAUUUGCACUACAGUUGCUUUUCUUAUGAAGUCUUAUCUACAAAUGAUAGUGGUCUUCCAUUAUUUUUGGUACUAAGCUAUUAUCAACGUUAAUAAUUAUUUAUUAAGUUUACCCUGUAUUGACUCAUGUAUCCAUAAGAGUGGUUGUAGUGUGCAUGUUUAAAAAUUAAGGGGAACUAAUGCAGGAACUGAUUACUGAGAUAUUGUAUGUGCAUAACUGAUGUAUGGCAUCUGUGUUUAAAACAUAUGUAGUCAGCAAACUACAAAUAUUUGCAACUUCAAGAACAAUCAUUGCCUUUACUCUUUCAACAGUGGUUUCAGUUACAUACAGUAGUGCAGUGUUGACUACUGUACACAGCCAAAAAGUAAUUCAACCUGCAGGUACUGUAAUGAACACCACAGCUGUAUUUUGUUCAGUAAACAUAAGCAAUUCUGUUGAACAAUAAAACAUGCUGUAUUUUUGUUACAGCACCAACUA